AUCUGACGUCAUAGGUCAGAGCGGCGCAUGAAGGACGGAACAUGGCGGCGUCCAGGAAAGUGUUCGAGGUGUUCGUGUCUAAAAUCCCGUGGACGGUAGCCGGCAAGGAGAUGAGGGAGUACUUUGGACAGUUUGGAGCCGUGAGAAAAUGUCUUCUACCAUUUGAUAAAGAAACGGGAUUCCAUAGAGGCUUUUGCUGGAUUGGAUUCACAACAGAGGAAGGAUUGAACAACGCGCUGCAGAAAGACCCUCAUGUUCUUGAGGGAGUCAAGCUCCAGGUUCAGAGGAACAGACGUCCAUUUCCAGGGGAGAAGUCCAACAAAGAGAGUGAAUAUGACUGAAGCUGUGUGGAUGAGAUGGACCAAGAUGUGCUUUUAUUAUUCUCACACCCAGAUUCUCUCAGACUACAGCAUGAAGACCACUCCGACCAGGACACCCGGACUCCUCCGGUUUUACACCUACAGUUAACUUGCUGUCGUUGUUUUGAUGGGUUGUGCAGUAGUAGUUUCUUUAUUUAUUGUCUGUGCUGUCCUAUAGCCACCCUGUCUCAUGCUGUCAUCACUAUAGAGCAGGUUCAUUUUUAAUUGUCAGGUUUUUGGAACUUUACUUCACUAGUUUCCAGAAUAUGGCAAUAAAGACAUCAUUUAAUUGUA